AUGGCGCUGCGGGCCCUGGUGUGCGGCGUCUGCCUGUGCGCCCUGGCGCGGGCGCGGCCGGGCCCCGAGCCCCCGGUUCCCGAUCCCGACCCCGGGCGCUGGCGGCAGCUGAUCCGCUGGGAGAACAACGGGCGGGUGUACAGCCUGCUCAACUCGGGCGCCGAGUACGUGCCGGCCGGGGCCAGCCCGCGGGUGCUGCUGGCCGCCCCGGCUCCCGCCCCGACCCCGCCGCGCCGCAGCCCCGGCGGCCCCCGCCGACGCCAGGCCCCGGCUCUGCCCCUGCCGGGCCGCGCGGCCUCCGACACCGUGCGCGGCCAGGCGCGGCACCCGUUCGGCUUCGGCCAGGUGCCGGAUAACUGGCGCGAGGUGGCCGUCGGGGACGGCUCGGGGCUGGCCCGCGCGCGCACCGCCGUCUCCCCGUCCUCCUCGGCGGCCUCGGCCUCGGCCUUCGCCUCCACCUUCCUCCGCCCGGCGCCGCCCUACGCGCCGCAGGCCGCCCCCUACCAGCGCGCGCCCUACGUCGGCCACUACGAGCACUACGACCCCGCGGCGCGGGCCUACGAGCGCGGCUUCGUCUACUACCGCGGCGCGGGCGGCGGCGCGGGCGCGGCGGCCGUGGCCUCGGCCUCGGCGGGCGUCGUCUACCCGGGGCCGCCGCGGCCGCGUUACGAGGACUUCGGCGGGGAGGAGCAGCCCGAGUUCCGCCCGGGCCCCGAGCGGCCCUACGCGCCGCCGCCGUCGGACGGCCUGGACCGCCGGUUCGCGCACAGCCUGUACAGCGAGCGCGCGGUGGGCGCGGACGCGGCCUUCCCGGACGCGGCCUUCCCCGACGCGGCCUUCCCGGACCCGGGCUCCCCGGAUGCCGGCGGCGGCGGCGACCCCCGGCUCGGCUGGUUCCCGCCCUUCGUCCCCGCGGCCCCCGAGGCCUACGCCGAGCCGCCCCCGGCCCGCGCGCCCGAGCCCCCGUACCUGCCGGUGCGCAGCGCCCCCGACGCCGACCGCGGCCGCCUCAGCGUGGGGAGCGUCUACCGCCCCGCCCCGAACGGGGGUCGAGGGCUCCCUGACUUAGUCCCGGACCCCAACUACGUGCAAGCGUCCACCUACGUGCAGAGGGCGCACCUGUACUCCCUGCGCUGCGCCGCCGAAGAGAAGUGUCUGGCCAGCACCGCCUAUGCCCCGGAGGCCACCGACUACGACCUGCGGGUGCUCCUGCGCUUCCCCCAGCGGGUGAAGAACCAGGGCUCGGCUGACUUCCUGCCCCACCGCCCACGCCACACCUGGGAGUGGCACAGCUGCCACCAACAUUACCACAGCAUGGACGAGUUCAGCCACUACGACCUCCUGGAUGCAGCCACGGGCAUGAAGGUGGCAGAGGGGCACAAGGCCAGCUUCUGCCUGGAGGACAGCACCUGCGACUUCGGGAACCUCAAGCGUUACGCAUGCACGUCACACACGCAGGGCCUGAGCCCGGGCUGCUAUGACACCUACAAUGCGGACAUCGACUGCCAGUGGAUUGAUAUCACCGACGUGCAGCCAGGCAACUACAUCCUCAAGGUGCACGUGAACCCCAAGUACAUUGUUUUGGAGUCUGACUUCACCAACAAUGUGGUGAGGUGUAACAUCCACUACACAGGCCGCUACGUUUCCACGACGAACUGUAAAAUCGUGCAGUAA